AUGGCUUCAGGAAACUACACGAUGGACCUGGCGAGGUUCGCAGCUAGCCUCACUUCUAAAGCGCUGCCAAAGAGCCUAUACGGCACUCCUCCUAUUCUCGUGAUCGACAUCAUCACAGCUAUGCUGACCGACAUGUCAGUCGCAGCCAUAGACGGCUCAGAGACCACAAUCUUUGGCGCGAUGUAUCUCAACGGUAUUGCAGCCGGUGCAUUACAAAUCGAGCACGUCGUGCUGAACGCGCAUCCGUCCUCCUCUGUCCUCCCCGCUCUGCUAGUCUACGCCUCCACUCGAAACACAAACACCAGUGGCGAGGACUUCCUCACUGCUCUCGCCGCAGGCUACGAAGGCUGCGCGCGAAUCGGCCUCGCAUCAUGCUCCUCAGUAGAAGACGAACGUGGUUUCAAGAACCCGGCCAUCAACGGACAGCUCGCCAUGGCGGCGGCGGUCGGUAACCUCCUCAGCUGGGACGCCGCGACCAUCGCGUCCGCUAUGGGGCUCGCGGCAUCAAGUUCAGGCGGUCUCGUGGCUUUCCAGACGACGGACGCCAAGACGAAGUAG